AUGGCUUUACUAAUCUCUGGUCUCGGCUAUCUGCUGUGUGUUGUACUCUUCGCCGUCAUCCCCGCGAAAAACCCAAGCUACUGGGCCUAUGUCUUUCCAGCGAUGCUGGGAGCCACACUUGGAGUGGACAUCACCUAUGGUGUAGCCAACAUCUUCAUCACAACAAGUCUCCCAAAGAAUAGGCAAGCACUGGCCGGAGCGAUCAUCAAUAGCGAAAUCUUUUUGGGAAUCAGCUUUUUCCUGGGUGUGGCGGAUAUGAUCCAGCGGUAUGAGCACUCGGACAUAUAUCGCGGCCCGUUUUACCUAGGGGUUGGCUGCGCCACCACUUCGCUUCUUAUAAUUGCCGCAUUCCUCCACAUUGGCAGAGCCAAGAGCGACCUCACAGCUGAUGAGCGGGCCAGACAACUGGUGGAAGUUUCGUCUGAGCAAAAGUCGCGGCAUCGGCCAUAA